AUUAGGAAGGGAGACGCGCAGCCGCGGGAGGAGCUGCACGAGCGCUCUGCACCUUGGGCACGUUGUGUGUUGUGUCUGUGAACAGGCUUCAGGGCUUCGGCUGCGCGUCUUACACAGCGGAUGAAGAUGCAUUUUGCUGAUGGAAACGCUGUGACGGUCAGAAAGCGCGCCGGCCGUCUGUUUGACUGAGCGUCCUCCAGCGGCCAUGAACAGCGGGCUCCCCGCUCCGGCUGCUGGGCUCGGCGGGGUCGGUAUACCCGGCGCCAGGGUUAAGUUUUGCCGCUAUUACGCGAAAGACAAGACCUGCUUUUAUGGAGACGAGUGCCAGUUCCUGCACGAAGAUCCGUCCGUCGCCGGCCUGUCCGCGCACGGUAGUGCGGGCAACCCGCCCCCCCUGUCCCUGAGCGGCGCUGUUGGGACUGCAGCAGCGUUUCCCUUAGGAGGAACUGUGGCGGCUUCUGUGCUCGGCGCAGGAGCAAAUAUCCCGAAAAAGACCGAGUCGGUAGGACCUACAGAUCCGGUUCUGGAGAGCCAGCUGUUCACCAUCCCAGGGAUGGAAGGUGGUGGCCUGAGCGAAUCCAGCCUGACUAACUCCUACUUCAGUAGCAGCUUCAUUGGGGUCAAUGGCUUCGGCAGCCCUGCUGAGUCCAAAUUCUCCAUGAUGCAGAGAGUGACCAAUAGCAGCAACACGUCUGGUCUACUUAACGACAAGAGCUACAGUGCACAUGAUGCUGUAAAUUCCCCUGCAUCAACUCUCUUCAAUGACUUCUCUGUGUUAAGCUUGUCUCAGAAGAGAAAGGGUCCAAACCCAGCAGCCAGUGAGUUCGUUCCCAAGGGUGCAGCCGGACUUUGCAUGCCUGCCACAUCUCAGUCCAGCAUGCCGGCCUUCUCCGCUACGCUCUUCUCACCAAGCUCAGCGGCUGCGCCGGGCAUCACCUCUGCUGGCCUGUCGCUCUCGGCCGGGUCUUCACCACUCCAUUCACCCAAAAUCACACCUCACACCUCUCCUGCCCUGCGGCGACGAAGUCACACCCCCAACCCAAACCCUGUCCCUGCUGGUUACCCCCAGAUGGGUGAGCCCGGGGGUGCGGGACAUGUCAUCCAGAAAGAGACAGUGGGUGGAACCACCUACUUUUACACCGAUAACACUCCUGUGCCCAUAGCUGGGAUGGUGUUCCCCACAUUCCACAUCUACCCCCCCACCGCACCUCAUGUGGCCUACAUGCAACCAAAGGCCAACGCUCCAUCUUUCUUCAUGACGGAUGAACUACGUCAGGAGCUGAUAAACAGACAUUUAAUCACAAUGGCACAGAUCGACCAAUCGGAGAAUCCAGGUGUACCCACAGAAGUAGACAGCUAUCAUAGUCUUUUUCCCCUGGAGCCGUUGCCCCCACCCAAUCGACUCCACAAAACAAGCAACUUCAGUUACAUCACUUCCUGUUAUAAAGCUGUGAACAGCAAAGACGACCUGCCCUACUGCCUUAGGAGGAUACACGGUUUCAGGUUGGUGAACACCAAAUGUAUGAUGCUGGUUGACAACUGGAAGAAGAUCCAGCACUCAAACUUCGUCACUCUCAGAGAGGUCUUCACCACCAAGGCCUUUGGAGAUCACUCCUUGGUGUUUGCCUAUGAUUUCCAUGCAGGAGCCGAGACCAUGUUCAGCCGACACUUUAAUGACUCCGUCGCCGACUCUUAUUUCACCAAGAGAAAAUGGGCAGGCCAGCACGAGCCCCCCCCACCCCGGCAGCACGCCGGCCUGCUCCCCGAGUCUCUCAUCUGGGCUUACAUCGUGCAGCUGAGCUCAGCCCUGCGCACCAUCCACACUGCUGGUCUGGCCUGCAGGGUCAUGGACCCCAGCAAGAUCAUCAUCACUGGGAAGACCAGGUUGCGGGUGAAUUGUGUCGGAGUGUUUGACGUCUUGACGUUUGACAGCAACCAGACAAACCCGCUGGCUCUGAUGCCACAGUACCAGCAAGCAGACCUCAUCUUAUUAGGCAAAGUGGUUCUUGCACUUGCCUGUAACUCUCUGGCUGGAAUUCAGAGAGAGAACCUCCAGAAGGCCAUGGAGCUUGUGUCCAUCAACUACUCAUCUGACCUCAAGAAUCUCAUCCUGUACCUGCUGACUGAUCAGUCUCGACUGCGCAGCGUAAAUGACAUCAUGCCUAUGAUCGGCGCUCGCUUCUACACCCAGCUGGAUGCCUCCCAGAUGAGGAGUGAUGUCAUCGAGGAGGACCUGGCCAAGGAGGUGCAGAACGGUCGUCUUUUUCGUUUGGUGGCCAAAUUGGGCACCAUCACUGAGAGACCAGAGUUUCAGAAGGACCCCACCUGGUCCGAGACCGGAGAUCGCUACCUGUUGAAACUCUUUCGAGAUCACCUGUUCCACCAGGUGACAGAAGCAGGAACUCCUUGGAUUGACCUGAGCCACAUAGUUUCCUGUCUGAACAAGCUAGAUGCUGGUGUCCCGGAGAAGAUCAGCCUGCUUUCACGGGAUGAGAAGAGCAUCUUAGUGGUGACCUACUCUGACCUGAAGCGCUGCUUUGACAGCACUUUCCAGGAGCUGAUCGGCGCCGCUAGCGGGCAGCUGUAACCUCGGUCUGGCUUCCAUCAUCAAGUGUUUUAAGGAUGAGGUUCCGCAAGAAACCGCAUCGCAUUGCAACACAGCCUUAUGAGAUGAGACAGGAACAGUCGCCCCCUUCUGGCAGCAGGAGGUAGCAGUCUGAUGCUGAUCAUCUGAUAACCUGGUGGAGCUGCAGUAUUGUUGUUUUUUAAGAUUCAGGGAACAAAGCCAGAUGGUUGUUUUCCUGCUUGUUUUUAGUCUUUCUGGUUGAUGCACUAAAAUUGAUGUCUCUGACUGUCGGAUACACGAGUGGGAUCUGGAAACUCGCCACCAAAUUGUAAAGGAAGGGUGUAAGAAACUUCUUCCUGGGGGAGACUGAGGUGUCCCGUACGCGGAGACAGCAGUAGGACUGGGGGGUAAAAGAGUGAACCUUGCUGUCCGGCCCCCCCUCCUCGUCCCACCCAGCCGGAAUUCCUGCCUUGACUCCUUCUCCCUUUAGCCAGCAGGUGGACUUCUGUGCGUGAGAGUAUGAAUUUAAAAGUGCCAGUGUGUAUGCGUGGGUGUUUGAGGCAUGCGGUCUGUCACCGGUCUUUGUCGGAUCAUGUUAGCACUGAUAAUGUCUCCCUUUUCGGGCCCAUUAUUCCUUCCUGCCAAAACCGAUUUGAAAACUUCCUUUUUAAACAACAAGCAAAACGGGCUUUCGUCACUGGAUAUUGUCUUUUUGUAUAUUUUUGAGAAUUUCCUUUGAGAUUUUAUAUGUAAGAGGGAUAUUAUUGAGACUGCUUCUCUAAGGCUUCCCCGAGUUGUUUUUCCUCCUCACUUAAAGCUGUUUUUCCUGGACCAGUUCUCACACGGAAGGUGCUCUCCACCACCUCAUCUAGGAACUAAAUUAGCAGGAUUCCAUCCUGACUGCUGGACGUCUAGGUGCCGAUGCUGGAGCCCGCGGGCGGGUGGGUGUGCGGUUGUGCUGGAAGCUCACCUGAGGGUAACGGUGCCGUCAAGGUAGUGGAGCAGCGGAAGAGUCCUCGACGGCCUAAGACAGCCGUCAACCUCAUCCAAUCUGUACGUGUAGUCCUGUUUUCUGGACAUCGAGUCGAGACUGAACGUUGCCCCUAGACAGAUUGCCAUUAAACACAGAUCCCCACACCUUAUGCUACCUUAUGCAACAUAUUUGUAUGACGUCUUUCCUCUUUGUCUCCAGUUUUGCAUUUUUGUGUGUGAAAAGCAGUAUUUUAAUAAUAAAUCUGAAAAGUA